CUGAGCUAUUUUCAUCAGUUGUUGUCUAAUCUUCGGCGCCUCGAGAGACUCAAAGAUGAUGCGACGGCAGCAACUUACUUUUCCAACUCUUGUUUUAUUAGUUUUGAUUAAUAACAGUCUUGGAUACGAGAUUGACCUGUCGACUGCCAACGGCUAUGUAUGGAGUGCUGCUUUGCCUAACAAAAGCAUCGCGGUUCCUGGAAGAGUUCCGGGCAGUAUUUACACUGACCUAGAUGAAGCUAAAAUUUUUAGUGGAGGUCCGUUAUUAUUUCGUUUCAAUGAUUUAGAUUACCGUUGGGUCUCUUAUGAAGAUUGGGAUUAUUCCCUGACAUUCAAUGUUACGGCGAAUGUAGCGUCGUAUUCGGCAGUCGAUCUGGUUUUCUACGGAGUUGAUACAGUGGCCGAAAUUGAGCUGAAUGGAUUGCUGCUGGGCGCCACUAAUAACAUGUUCAUCCGUUACAAGUACAACAUCAAAGAUUCCCUCAAGACUGACGGUUCCAACGAGCUCCUAAUAAGAUUCAAGUCGCCCGUUAAGUACGCUCGGGAUCGAUACGACGAACAAGCAGUCGACUACCCGGUUCUGCCGACGUGCCUCGAUCCCGCCUAUCAGGGGGAGUGUCACGCUAAUCACAUCAGGAAGAUGCAAUCGUCUUUCAGUUGGGAUUGGGGACCGGCCUUUCCCACUGUCGGAUUAUGGCAUCCAGUCAAGCUGGAAGCUUACAACACCGUUUCUAUUCGCGACUGGUGGGUGGGAUUCGAGCGGGAUGAAAUCCAGCAACUAUGGAAAGUCGACAUGAAAAUCCAUUGCGAGACACCCGAUUCUGGUAUCGAUCACGCCGGAACUUUCACCGUCACCAUCACCGACCAGCAACAAGUUGUCCAAACUUUGAAGCAAGAAACUGUUUUGACAGGCGAUGGCAACCGUCAAGUCUCCACCCCCGUCAUUUCGUUUGUCGUUCCCUUCUCCCAGAUUAAACCCUGGAUGCCGAACGGAUGGGGCGAGCAGAAACUUUACGAUAUGAAAAUUGAAUAUCAAGAAACCGGUUCCGCCGAACCUCCCGUCGUUCUCGACGAGAAAAUUGGCUUCCGUACCGUCGAGUUGAUCGAAGAUGAUCUGCCAACCGGGAGGACCUACUACUUCCGGGUGAAUGGAGAGCCCGUAUUUCUCAAAGGCUCCAACUGGAUCCCGUCAGCCGUUCUACCCGAACUGAUAACGGAGCAAUAUCUGCGUGAAUUGCUGACAGCUUCCAAGGAUGCCCAUAUGAACGCCAUGAGGAUCUGGGGUGGCGGAAUUUACGAGUUCCCUGAAUUCUACCGGAUUGCCGAUGAACUGGGAAUUUUAAUUUGGCAUGACAUGAUGUACGCCUGCUCCAUGUAUCCAGCCAAUGAGCAAUUCCUGGAAACGGUAUCGGUCGAGAUCCGCCAGCAAGUUAGACGCCUAUCGCAUCAUCCUUCGGUGCUUAUCUGGGCUGGUAAUAACGAAAACGAAGCCGCCCUGCGACAAAACUGGUAUGGCACAGAGAGCAAAUUUGAUACCUACAAAGCCGAUUACAUCAAGCUUUACGUCGACACAAUCAAAAGGAUCGUCAAUGAAGAAGAUCCUUCACGUCCAUUCACCGUUUCAUCGCCAUCCAACGGCAAGAAAAGUGAAGAGGAAGGCUACGUCUCUCUUAAUCCAGGCAGCCCAGAAUACGGAGAUGUGCAUUACUACAAUUAUUUUGCCGACAUGUGGAACUGGGAAACGUACCCAAAACCAAGAAUGGCGACCGAAUACGGUUUCCAGGCAUUGCCAUCUGUCCACGCCUGGACUACAGCCGCAAAUCCAAUUGGAAUGGACGAAGACUGGCAUUACGAUGGUGAACUUUUAUUCACUAGACAACAUCACCCUGGAGGUAACAACGAGCUGGUGCUGCAAGUAGAAGGUCAAUUAGGAAAGGCCCGAGAAACCACACCGGAGCAACGUUUCCUGGACAUGAUCUAUCUGACGCAAAUGCAUCAAGCGGAAGCCAUCAAGAUCGAAUCAGAACAUUACAGACGAUUGCAAUACCUGGACUUUGACGGACUUGGGCAUUGCAUGGGAUCGCUCUAUUGGCAAUUACAGGACAUCUGGCAAGGCCCUUCCUGGGCUUCAAUCGAAUAUGGCGGACGUUGGAAGCCGCUUCAUCAUUUCGCCACCAAGUUUUUUGCUCCGCUCUCUUUCAUGUUGUGGGUGCGCGAUGGAAAUGUCGCCGUUUAUCCGCAUGACUACCGCAGCGGAGCAGACAUGGUGCCGGGAAUCCUGUUAAUCAAACUUCAAUCAUGGUCGCAAAUCAAUCCAAUCGUCACCGAAAGGAUUCCCAACGUCAACGGAAAUUCGACAAUCGAGUGGCAGAAACCGCUGGAUUCUUGGUUGUCUGAUAACGGAUGCAGCAGACAGACUUGUUUCCUAACAGCCACUUAUCAAGAUCCUGAAACAGGCCGGCAAUUGGCUCCUGAUAGUUAUUUGUAUCCCAGCAAUUUUACAGCCGUUACUAAUUUGGCCAAAGCCAACGUCCAGGUGACAAGUGUCGGCCAAGUUUACGAAAGCAGCCAGUCAUCGUGGACGAUUGACGUGGAAUUAUCGACCGACAAGCCGGCCGCUUUCGUCUGGCUGGACACGACCACUGAUCGCAAAGGCCGAUUCUCUGACAAUGCGUUCCUGAUGUCAACUGCCACUAAAACCGUUUCGUUCUGGUCAUCGGAUCCUAUUACCGACUCGACUGAAUUUUCAAACCAACUGCGAGUCGCCCACCUCGCAGAAAUCAUCCGCUAGCGAUCCAUCUCGGCGAUGUGUAUAGUUCCUUCCACGUGCCAUACUUGGAUGUGUACUGAAGUUUAUCCUGCUAGUAGUCACACAUACACAGUGUAUAGUAUA